AUGGCGCACCUAAACACUCCCAAAAUGCCUUAUCGUGACAUCAAUGUCAAGAUCGCCAACGAUUCUUAUACAUUUACUUCUCCAUCCUCGCCUGAUGCGCCUGCUCUUGUAAUCGAUCGUCCAACUGGUGAUGUCCGUCUGGCUGAUGGCAGCGCCGCAUCCGCCAAGAGAACGACUCGUGUUUCUAGUAUUGCUGGUAUUCUGGGAAUUAUCCAGCUUCGUCUUGACAAGUAUGUCAUCUUUAUCACAAAGGCCACACCCGUUGGCCGCCUCAAAGGCCACAUGGUAUACAAGGUUGCCGCCACCGAGAUUAUGCCCAUGCGCGAGCGCUUGAUCCACGACCCCGAUGAGGAUAUCUUCAUACAGCUUCUCAAGAACUUCCUUGCUUCAGGGCCCAUGUACUUUUCGUACUCGAUUGAUCUUACCAACUCCUUCCAACGCCAAGCCCAAGCCGACACUUCCAAGCCCUUGUGGAUGCAAACCGACGACCGGUUCUUCUUCAACAAAUACCUCCAGAGCGAUCUCAUCGAUUUCCGUACUCGAGGCGCCCGAUCGCAGCCUGGCGCACAACCUGGUGUCGACCCCUAUAUCCUGCCAUGUAUCUUCGGCAUGUUCGAGAUCAAGCCCACCACCUUUAAGGGCAACCCCCUGACUAUGAUUCUUAUCACCCGUCGAUCGCGCCACCGCGGAGGUACCAGAUACUUCACUCGUGGUGUGGAUGAAGAAGGACAUGUCGCCAACUACAAUGAAACAGAGCAGAUCAUCAUCCUCAAUGACAGCAACAGUGGACUGGGUGGUUAUGCAGGCAGCUCUGAUAUGCAGAGCGGAAAAUUUGGCGCUGGCGCCGGUCAGGAGAUGCAGAUCUUCUCCUAUGUCCAAACCCGCGGCAGUGUUCCUACCUUCUGGGCUGAAAUCAACAGCUUGCGAUAUGUCCCUAAGCUUCAGAUCCGAGGCAUUGAUACGGCUUUGACUGCCGCACAGAAGCACUUUGAUGAACAGAUCCGCCUGUAUGGUGACAACUACCUGAUCAACCUGGUUAAUCAAAAGGGGCGAGAGGCUCGUGUCAAGGAGUCGUAUGAGAAGAUGGUCGAGAAACUCGUUUCCGCACCCAGGGAACGACAAGAAGCAGACCUACUCACCGAGGAGAAGUUUACCACCAUCCAGCCUGAAGGAAAGCGUCAGGAGUUCGACCGCCUGCACUACGUAUACUUCGACUACCACAGUGAGACCAAGGGCAUGAAGAUGCACAAGGCCUACGCUCUGAUUGAGAAGUUGGCCGAUGCUCUCGAGAAGCAGGGCUAUUUCCGUGCCGUUGAUACCCCCUCUAGCGUUGAAGGCAAGCUUGAUGCCCGCAGCUAUCAGACCAGCGUUAUGCGUACCAACUGUAUGGAUUGUCUUGAUCGAACCAAUGUUGUCCAGAGCAUGUUCGCACGAUACAAGCUUGACCGUAUCUUUGAAGAUGUUGGUUUCAUGCCCCGCGGCUCUUCAUUCCGUGACGAGGAUGCUGCUUUUGAGGACAUGUUCCGCAACCUCUGGGCUGACAAUGCCGAUGUUGUUUCCAACUCUUACUCUGGCACUGGCGCCAUGAAGACAGAUGUUACCCGUACAGGAAACAGAACCAAGGUCGGAGCUCUCCAGGAUGCUCGAAUUGGUGUCACACGUUACUUCCGUAACAACUUCCUCGAUGGACCUCGACAGGACUCCUUCGAUCUCUUCCUCGGAGCCUACCGUCCUGGCUCGACCAACAUUGGCACUACUCUGGUCUUUACCGACCGUCGUCCGAUCUUGAUCCAGUCUAUUCCUUACAUUCUGGCCUUCAGUGUCUUUAUCAUUCUUGUUGGCCUCUUUACCCGCCGCGCACCUGAUACGAGUGCCCUGCCCCUUCGUAUCUUCCUUUUCUUCUGGAUGGCCAUUGCUGCCUGGUCCUUUUAUUUUGUUUGGAACCACGGCAUGCUUUACGUCAACUGGCCCCGUCUCAACCCCCGACCAUUUGCCGUCGAGGGCUACAACGAGCACUUCGCAAAGGCGCGCAAGGACUCUGUUAUUGGAACAUACGUGGCCAAGCAUGAGAGAGGUCUCAGCACGGCUAGAUACCUCAAUGCUGAAGAGGGCAAGAAGAGGAUUGAAUAA